AUGGAAAACCGUCGAGGUCUGCUUUUAAAUUCGUCGCUUAGCGCUGUUAGUUUGUUGACUGCUGCUACUAAUACUGGAUGUUCCCCGAGUAGUUUGCUAUCUAUCCUCAACGUUAAUCAACUUUGCUUAAACAUGCAACCAAUGUACAUACAACCUGUUGCCUCAGUUACCUUCUCAAAAAGUAAAACUGGUAUAUCUCUACAGAAUACCACACAAAUAGUUUUCAGUUCAUCUUCUGCAACUGUAUGCAUGUAUGACUUACACAAAGUUGAAUGCUUCCGUGAAAGUCCGAGUUGGACGCGUCAGUUUACAUGGAUACCUGCUCUGCAUCUAAGGAAACUGUUAGAAAAUUUGACAGAUUCUCCUGGUGAUUUGUGUAAUUGGCAUAUUGUGAAGGUUAUGUUUGUAAAUACUUCAACAACCGCAAGACAGUCAUUAGCUGUUAUACUCGUGAAUAUUAGUCAUAACCGUUCCCUCGUUUGCUUUUUUCGUUCACUGAGCUCAACGAAAUGCAUCAUAUCUAUUUUGAUACAUGGCGUUUUAACCACAUUGGAGUGGUUACCAUUAGUCGAUAUGACAUACAAAACGCUAGAAUCACAGUCAAUAACAUCUACGACAAUGGAUAUGUUAGAUGAAGAUACUUCUGUUAGUAAAAUUUCUAGUUCUGUUUUGUCAGUUUUCGAUGGUUGCUUCGCUCUUGGAUUCCAACAGGGUCUUGUAGCUCUAUUAGACUUAUGCCUAUCACAUAAUCGUGAUAAAACUUUAAGCGACAAGCCUGAAAUGUCAAUUGCAGUUGAAAGAUCACAAUGCCUGAAUUGUGUCUCGUGUAAACAACCAAUCUCUCAGUCAUUCAAGGAUAAUGUAGAACACGCUUUAGUAUAUCUUGAUGCGUCAGUUCUUCGUUGGAAUGAUUUCACCUAUAAAUCUGUCAGUGGAAAGACCUUAUCUUCAAUUCCAUCUGCCGGCGUUUAUGUUUCUGCGUUAAGCUACAUUCCACAAGUGCAAGGAUUGGCAGUUGGCUUUAGUUUUGGUGGCUGGCAAUUAUGGUCACUGAAUCGGUUAAAUAUGGAAUUUUGUUUACGUCAAGCUACUCCAGCUACACCAGUGGUGAAUUUUAGCUUUUUAGAACCAUCUGAUGAUCCAAGAUAUUGUUGUUUCAUAUGGGUUGGUUGGCAGUCCUCGAGAUUGGAAAAUGAAGCUGGCGUAUUCAAAUUCACUGGGAAACAGGAUUCUUCUAAUUUUCAAAAUCCCACAGUCAAACUGUUCCAGUUGUCCUACAGACGUCGUUAUGAACUAGUGUCUCAUAAACACAAGGGAUAUAAUUUUUAUUAUCAGGAGUUGAUUGGUAUCGCAGAACGCUUGUCUACUACAUUAUCUGGUAAUAGAACAAACGACAAUAAACCUCAGUAUCCCUCAACAUUGCUUUCUGUUCAAUCACUUCAUGGACUUGAUGAUUUUAUUGUCGACAAUAGUAGCCAUCCACAUUCUCAUCAUUACCACCAUCAUCAUAGCUCAGUGAUUCAUUCGAUUGGAACAAUACGCUUAAUUGCUUUUAUGUGGAAAUUUUCUGAAUCCAUUAUUCGUAUUGGCCUAUUCGACUUAGAUCGAUGGUAUCAUGCACAAAUGCCAACUUAUAUAAGGUCUGAUAAUGCAUUCAUUGCCAUUUUCGAUACGUCUAUUCCAGUUCAAAAAGCUCAAUUAUUACAUACCUAUCUGAUUGAAUCAAGUCUAAUGUCAUUUUGGAGUCGUGUAGUUCAACGUGAAUCCAGCCUGAUUAAAUGUUGUGAAGCUUAUCCUCCGUCAUUAAUAUAUCCCGCUUCAAAGUUAUCGUCAAAUGAUAGUGUUGUUAACCGAUUGGCUGUAGUCAAUGGUGGUGCUGGGGGUGGUAGUGGUAGUGGCAGUGGCAGUGGCGGCAGUAAACGUCCAAGACCAAUACCAGAAGUAUUUCUACGACCAUCAUCAUUAUCAUUUCAUUGUCUUGUAUUAUGGACAGAUGAUGUAAUGGCUGCUGCUGCUAAUAAUAAUAAUAAUACUUUAAAUUUUUCUUUUACUGUUACCCGUAAUCCUUCGUCUCAACAACAGCAACAACAUCAACAAUACGACUGCUUAUAUCAUCUAAGUCGAAUCACUUUUACAUCACGUCAAGAAGAAUGUUUAUUACAAUUAAGUAAAUAUCAAAAGAAACAAUCUAUUGGUAUAUCAACAGAUAAUAAUAAUAAUAUUAAUAAUAUUGUAGACAAGUGUGGCAAAUUCAAUAUUAUCGAUUGGUUAUCUGAAGCUUGGUCAUCUGGUCUGUUAGAUUCACCGGGUUUAGAUGUAAUUGAUGAUGAUGAAUUUGUCAAUUUAUUAAAUUAUGUUCAAAAAACAUUCUCUGGUAGUCAUAUAUGGCAGAAUUCCAAUGAACUUGGCGUUAGUUUAGCCUAUGGUGAUGAUUAUGCUAAAGAAGGCGUGAUGAAUAGUAUAGAAAAAUUGAUGGAUAGUGUACUGACAAAAUCAGAGAUGAUUAUAAUGCAUAGUGAUGAUAAUUAUACUAAUACUACUACUGCAGUUGUUGUUAAUGAUGGUGAUAAUAUUAGCCAGUAUACUGGCGAAGAAGACAAUGAUUUCAUAUCAGGAAAACGUCGUCGAAUCAGCUAUGCUGCUACACAGUCUACAAGGCAAUCCUUAUACAAUCAAAAAUCAACAUCAUCGGUUAUACCAGUAACACUGUCGACAAAGAAAAGUUAUCAUUAUUCUUUGAAUCCUUGUUGGGUAUUAUUGGCUAACUGUCUAUUGGAGCAUGGAUGUAUCAAUAUACUGAAGAAUCUGGAAAAAUUAACACCACCAGGCCAAGAAUCACCCGUCAAUGUGAACUUCAAAUACAGUUGGAUCUGGUUGAGAUUUUGUCGGUUAAAGUCACGCUUUGAUAAAUUGACUGCCCCUUUAUUUAUGUCUAACUCAACUGGUGAGGAAUCAGCCUUUCUAACAAGUAGCAUUACUAGUCAUCCAGCUAUUCCAGAUCUAUUAGAAUUAGGUUGUACACUCAAUCAGAUACAACUAUUAUCAACACUGGCUAAACAUUGGUUUAAUUCAACAACGCAUUCAGAUGUGUCAAUUAAAUCAUUCAUUAAUGAGAAUCCUGUACAGCUGAGCAUAGAGACAUAUCUAUCCUAUGCUAAACUUGUAGUAUUCCUUUUCCGUUUAGGAAUUUUACCGCAAACAUCAAAUGAGGAAUUCUCUGACAGUCGAAUGAAUUCAACAGUUCUUCAACCGUAUAAUUCAUCUAUUUUAUCAAAAUCUAUCAAUGAUUUACGUAAUACACGAUUAAUGUCUAAUCAACCUAAUAAUGAAACAGAUUUCAUCACAGAGAAUGCAAGCAAACAAUUGACUAGUAUUAGUGAAUAUCUCUUACACUCUGCACUUCAAUCUUCUUCAUUAAAGGUGAAUUCAAAUCGUGAUGAAAGCAUCAGUUUUACUCAAAAUGAAGUUUAUAAUAUUUGGAAAGAACAAGAACAAGUUAUGUCAGAUCAGCGUAAAACACUAAAUUUGAACAAUUCUCCAAUUGAUGAUGAUGAUGAUGAUGAAAAGAUGCCUACAUCUCAAUCGAUUAUACCAGAUUGGUUAAUUUAUCCUCCAAGAAAUAUACAAUCUUUAUGUGCAUUAUGGCAAAUACCGUGUAAUGAAAAGAUUAGACGAUCACGUUUAUGUAUUUUAGGCUUUUUAUUAUGUGAUACAGCGGCUGAAACAUUUUUAAUCCAUUACAAACAUCAACAUAAUAAUAAUAAUAAUAAUCUUGGGAACAGUGAAAUGAUAAUUGAUACUGAUUAUGAUGAUUAUAAUAAUAAUACUUGUAGUACUAAUGUGAAUACUAAGGUGAAUAAAUGUAACACUGUUCAAAUGGAGGAUAAUGUUGAUUGUAAAAGUUCUGAAGCAUUAAAGGCUUUAAAAAUGUGUCGUUAUGUAAUGUCUUUGUUUGUCAAAGCAUUCCCUUCUGCUUAUCCUCUUAUCCCGACGAUUAUAUCACUUUGGCUUAUGGAUCGAGGUUAUUUUCAAGAGUCUAUCUCACCGCAUAUACUAUCGUUUAUCAUUAAUUCUUCUGUAACACAAGUAGUACCAGUGUCGUCAAAUUGUCCAGUGUACAAAGAUCUUUUCCCAAAUCAAAUUAAUAUUAUGAUUAAUUUAUUUAAACAUUAUGGAAGAUCUGAGUUAAUCGGUGAUUUAUUAAAAUACUUAACAAUUAACACGCCUACUUCGCUUCAUCAUCAAUUAUCAUGUAAAGGAGGCUUUAAUUUUGCCAACACCAUUACUACGACUAGUAGUAAAACUGAUAUCUUAAAUAUGAAACCAAUUGGUGCACCCUACUUAGCUUUAUCAAAAUUGCGUAGUUUAGUCCAAAAAAUGAAUCAGUUGCAUAAUAAUACACCUUUACCAGCUGUUUUGUUGACUGCUGUCGACAGAUUGGCGCGUGAUUCGUUAAUUCAACUGGCUGAAAUCUGUAGACAAGCUGGUCGAUUAACUGAUCUGAUCGGUUUAGGUUUAAAUAUUUGGGAGGCUAAAGUUCUCUUUGAAUAUUAUCAAAAAACUGGUCAGCACAACCUGUUAUUCCAUUGUUUAAUUGCUCGUUCACAAUAUGAAACUGCUAUGGCAAUAUUUAAAGAUCACCGGCGGCAUACACCUGUGUUGUAUAACACUAAUAAUAAAAAAAUAAGCCUAGAUUGUUCUCCACCAACACUGGUGUUCUAG